AUGGAAUUGUCUAUGCGGUGGAUCUGGGUUCUCUUCAAUUUGCCUCUCUUGGGAUGUUUCGAUUUACAUCUCUCGGACACUUUACAUUCUGGGGCCAUUUUGGCCAAUUUGACCCUUGGAUCUAGUUGGACAUACAAAAUUGACAGGACUUUAACUUCCAGACACAUUCGGAACUUUUUAAAAGUAGAUUGGCAAAAUGGGGUGGUAAGUCUCCUUCGUGAGGUGGACUGUGCGCUCGUCGCAAAGAACCCAGUGCCUCUUUAUAUCAAAAUCAAUUCUUUGACAUCUGAAAGCUCUAUUCUUACAUAUUUUAAUGUGUUUGUACAUGGACAUGGUUGCCUCAUCAAAUACAAAAGAAAGGAUUUCUCUGCCAGGACAGAUAUUUUCAUUGAUUACUACUUGAGAGCAACUUCCUGUUUUUCCUCAGGUAGAUUGCUUGUCAAUGUAGAGGAUCAUUUACCUGCUUUCACGCGGCACAGAAAGUUUUCAGGCUGUAUGUGUGAUGGGAGAGAUCUGAAAAUAGGUUUUCAUAACGGGAGUUUAUUUCUGAAUGACGGUCAGUGUUUUCAACUAAGAGAGCGGGACGAAGUGCCUUGUCUGUGUACGCUUUAUGACUCACCUGGUGACCAAGUCACUGUGCGCGUCAAGUUGCGUUUUUUGACGGUUGAUCGUCUCAAGUCCUCAAAAAACGAGCGUCAUACAUCCAAUUUAAGGGAAAAAAGAAGUGUAAAUUCUGCUCCUCAGUUUCAGUUGCCAAAUUACCACGUAUCCGUUCCAGAGAAUGAACCAGCGGGAACCCGGGUUAUCACACUAAAAGCCACAGAUACAGACAGUGGAGAGGCUGGUAGGAUUGAGUAUGGAAUGGAAGCUUUGUUCGAUAGCAGAUCUAAUGACUUUUUUGCAAUAAACAAACAGACAGGUAGUAUCGAAACUCUGAAACCAUUAGACAGGGAAGUGAAAGACACUCAUGUCUUUAAGGUAACGGCAACAGACAAUGGCACCCCUCGGCGCUCCGCCACAUCUUACCUUACCGUAACUGUUAGUGAUACUAAUGACCACAGUCCUGAAUUCGAGCAGAGUGAGUACAGAGUAAGCAUUCGUGAAAAUGUGGAGGUCGGUUUCGAAGUGAUAACAAUAAGGGCAACCGACGGGGAUGCGCCGUCAAACGCGAACAUGAUCUAUAAGAUUGUGAAUGGCGACGGAGUAAACUCAGGUUUUGAGAUCGAUUCACGAAACGGGCUUGUUAAAAUCAGAGUCCGUCCUGACAGAGAGACUAUGUCUGAGUAUCAGCUAAUAGUAGAGGCUAAUGACCAGGGAAAAGACCCAGGGCCCCGCAGCGCUACCACUAUAGUACACAUCACUGUGGAGGAUGAGAAUGACAACUACCCCCAGUUUAGUGAGAAGAGGUAUGUAGUUCAGGUGCCUGAGAAUGUGGCUAGCAAUACCAAAGUGGCCCAGGUUGAAGCAACUGAUAGAGAUGAGGGCAACAAUGCCAGAGUUCAUUACAGUAUAAUCAGUGGAAAUGUUAAAGGGCAGUUUUACAUUCACUCCCCCACUGGUGAAAUUGAUGUUAUUAAUCCACUUGAUUAUGAGAUGAUAAGAGAAUAUAAUCUACGCAUAAAAGCCCAGGAUGGAGGCAGACCUCCGCUUAUCAAUAGCACAGGAAUGGUGGUUGUGCAGGUGGUGGAUGUUAAUGACAAUGCCCCCAUGUUUGUAAGUACUCCCUUUCAAGCAACUGUGCUGGAGAAUGUGCCCAUAGGAUACUCUGUGAUACAUAUCCAAGCCAUUGAUGCUGACUCCGGCGACAAUGCCCGUUUGGAUUACACACUCACGGAAACUUCUCCCGAUUUCCCAUUCACCAUUAACAACAGUACUGGCUGGAUAACAGUUAGUGCAGAGCUGGACAGAGAGACUACGGAAUAUUACACUUUUGGUGUGGAGGCAAGAGACAAUGGAAUCCCUGUGAUGUCAUCCUCAGCAAGUGUCAGUAUAACAGUUCUGGAUGUGAAUGAUAACGUCCCCACGUUCACGGAGAAAGUGUACUCCCUGAAAAUCAAUGAAGAUGCUGUGGUGGGCACCAGCGUGCUGACGGUGACGGCAGUGGACAGGGACGUGAACAGUGUGGUGACCUAUCAGAUCUCUAGCGGCAACACACGAAACAGGUUUGCCAUCACCUCCCAGAGUGGUGGAGGCCUCAUCACUCUGGCAUUACCACUGGACUACAAGCAGGAGCGGCAGUACGUCCUCACCGUGACGGCCUCAGAUGGCACUCGCUAUGACACGGCGCAGGUCUUUAUCAAUGUCACCGAUGCCAACACACACCGGCCUGUGUUCCAGAGCGCCAACUAUCAGGUAAUGAUAAGCGAAGACCGGCCUAUUGGUUCUACUGUGGUGGUCAUCAGUGCCACGGAUGAAGACACGGGGGAAAAUGCUCGCAUCACAUAUGUCAUGGAGGACAAUGUUCCACAGUUUAAGAUCGACCCCGACAGUGGUGCCAUCACCACACAGAUGGAGAUAGACCACGAGGAUCAGGCCUCUUACACUCUAGCUAUUAUAGCCCGUGACAACGGCAUCCCACAAAAGUCUGACACCACCUAUGUGGAGAUCAUAGUUCUGGAUGCCAAUGAUAACGCCCCAGUGUUUAGCAGAGACAAGUACCAUGGGACUGUUAAUGAAGAUGCCCCUCUCCAGACCAGUGUGUUACAGAUAUCUGCUUCCGAUAGAGACUUUGGAUCUAAUGGGAGGGUAAGCUACACGUUCCAGGGAGGUGAUGAUGGUGAUGGUGACUUCUCAAUUGAGCCAUACUCUGGCAUCAUAAGAACAGCCAGGAAGCUGGACAGAGAAAACGUGCCAGUGUAUAAUCUGAAGGCUUAUGCUGUGGAUAGAGGAGUCCCUCCUCUCAAAGCAGCUGUGGAGAUUCAGGUGUCUGUGCUGGAUAUUAAUGACAACGCUCCAGUGUUUGAGAAGGAUGAGCUGUUCAUCUACGUGAAGGAAAACAGUCCCGUUGACUCAGUUGUGGCCCAGAUCAAAGCCAUGGAUCCGGAUGAGGGCACCAAUGCACAAAUCAUGUAUCAGAUAGUGGAAGGGAACGUUCCAGAGGUCUUUGACUUGGAUAUUUUCACAGGGGACCUAAAGGCGCUCAUAGAUUUAGACUAUGAGGCCAAAACGGAGUAUGUGAUCGUUGUCCAGGCUACAUCUGCCCCACUGGUUAGUAGAGCAACUGUGCACAUUCGCUUGGUUGACGUGAAUGACAAUGAGCCUGUCCUAAAGGAUUUUGAGAUAAUUUUUAACAACUAUGUCACCAAUAAGUCAAAUAGCUUCCCUUCAGGAGUAAUAGGGAAGAUUCCCGCACAUGAUCCAGAUGUGUCAGAUAAACUAAAAUACCGUUUUGUGUUGGGAAAUGAGCUUAGUUUGCUGAUCCUUAAUGAGGAUACUGGAGAGCUGAAGCUGAGCAAAGACCUGGACAAUAACAGACCCCUGGAAGCAUUGAUGAAAGUGUCUGUUACAGAUGGGCUCCACAGUGUGAUGGCGAUGUGCACUCUACGUGUUACCAUCAUCACCGAUGAAAUGUUGACCAACAGCAUCACGGUGCGUCUAGAGAACAUGUCACAGGAGCGCUUCCUCUCCCCGCUGCUGUCGCUCUUCAUGGAGGGUGUAGCCGCUGUGCUCUCCACCAGUCGCGACGGUGUCUUCAUUUUCAACAUUCAGAACGAUACAGAUGUGCGUGGCAGCAUCCUGAACGUCACCUUCUCAGCCCGGCAACCUGGUGGCGGCCAUGCCCGAUACUUCCCCUCUGAAGAUCUGCAGGAGCAGAUCUACCUGAACCGCACUCUGCUGCGCCUCAUCUCCAACCAGCACGUGCUGCCCUUUGACGACAACAUCUGCCUGCGGGAACCCUGUGAGAACUACAUGAAGUGCGUCUCCGUGCUCAAGUUUGACAGCUCUCCGCCCUUCAUCGCCUCGGACACCGUGCUCUUCAGACCCAUCCACCCCAUCAACGGCCUGCGCUGCCGCUGUCCGGCUGGUUUCACUGGUGACUACUGUGAGACGGAGAUCGACCUGUGCUACUCAGGGCCCUGCCGCAAUAACGGACGCUGCCGCAGUCGUGAGGGUGGCUACACCUGCGAGUGUCAGGACGAUUUCACAGGUGAACACUGUGAGGUAGACGCCCGGUCAGGACGCUGCGUGCCUGGUGUGUGUAAGAACGGAGGGAAGUGCGUGGACCUGCUUGUAGGCGGAUUUAUGUGCCAGUGCCCAAAAGGAGAAUAUGAGAAGCCUUACUGUGAGAUGACUACACGCAGUUUCCCUGGCCAGUCCUUUGUCACCUUCAGAGGCCUGAGGCAGAGGUUCCACUUCACCGUCUCCUUUAUGUUUGCCACUCGUGAGAGGAACGCUCUGCUUCUGUACAACGGGCGCUUUAAUGAGAAACAUGACUUUAUUGCUGUGGAGAUCAUCGAGGAACAAAUCCAGCUCACUUUCUCUGCGGGGGAAUCUAAAACCACUGUGGCGCCGCAUGUUCCUGGUGGGGUGAGCGAUGGCCAGUGGCACUCUGUUCAGCUUCACUACUACAACAAGCCUAACAUUGGUCGGCUGGGAGUUCCUCAUGGACCUUCAGGUGAGAAAGUGGCAGUUGUAGCCGUGGAUGACUGUGACAUUGCCAUGGCUGUACGCUUUGGCAGUCAGAUUGGGAACUACUCCUGUGCGGCACAGGGCACUCAAACUGGGCAGAAGAAGUCACUGGACCUCACUGGGCCACUGCUGCUGGGCGGGGUGCCCAAUCUGCCAGAGGACUUUCCUGUACGAAAUCGUGACUUUGUUGGCUGCAUGAGGAACCUAACCAUAGACAGCAAGCCCAUAGACAUGGCAAGUUUCAUUGCCAAUAAUGGCACUACAGAGGGCUGUCCGGCGAAGAAGGACUUCUGUACCAAGGACGUGUGUAAGAACGGAGGCCAGUGUGAGAAUAAGUGGAACACCUACUCAUGUGACUGUCCACGGGGCCUCGGAGGAAAGAACUGUGAACAAGACAUGCCAUCUCUCCAGCAUUUCGGUGGCCAGGCCAUGGUGUUGUGGAAUGACACAGACAUCACCAUCGCUGUGCCCUGGUACAUUGGCCUGAUGUUCCGCACCAGGCAGAGCAGCGGGACUCUCAUGCAGGCAAAUGCAGGGGAUGCUUCCAAAAUCAACCUCCUGAUACAUAACAAGCAGUUGCUCUUUGAAGUUCUCCUGGGAAAACAGCGUGUGGCAUUUCUGGAGUUUCCGGAGGUGCGAGUGAAUGAUGGAGAAUGGCACCAUGUCCUAGUGGAACUGAAGAGCAGUAAAGAGGGCAAAGACAUAAAGUACAUAGCACAAGUGUUUCUGGAUUAUGACAUGUACCAGAGGGCAGUGGAAAUUGGAAAUGAGCUUCCAGGACAGAGGAUAAGAAGUCUCUUUCUGGGUGGGCUGCCUGCAGACAGUAAUCGUGUCCAAAAGGGCUUUAAGGGCUGCAUGCAGGGAGUACGGAUGGGAGAGACAGCCACCAACACAGCUAACAUAGACAUGCAACGGGGCUUCAAGAUCCGUGUGGAGGAGGGUUGUGACCUGCCUGACCCCUGUGACUCUAACAUAUGUCCUGAGAACAGCCAUUGCAGUGAUGAAUGGAGUACACACACCUGUGUCUGUGAUCCAGGGUUUUUUGGUAAAGCGUGUGUGGAUGCCUGUCAUCUUAACCCUUGUGAGCACGUGUCCACUUGUGUCCGCAAACCCAGCUCCUCCCACGGUUACACGUGUGAAUGUGGACAGAACUACUACGGACAGUACUGUGAGAACAAGGUGGAGAAGCCCUGUCCUCGAGGUUGGUGGGGGAGCCCCAUGUGUGGCCCAUGCAACUGUGAUAUCAGCAAAGGCUUCAAUGCAGACUGCAACAAGACCACAGGGGAGUGUCGUUGCAAGGAUAACUACUACCGCCCAAAAGAUGGUGACACCUGCUACCCUUGUGAUUGUUUUCCAUCGGGCUCCAAGUCCCGUACCUGUGAUGUCCACACAGGCCAGUGCCCAUGCAAAACAGGCGUGAUUGGGCGGCAGUGUAAUCGCUGUGACAACCCCUUUGCAGAGGUUACCAACAGCGGCUGUGAGGUUGUUUAUGGCGUAUGCCCCAAGGCCUUUGACGAUGGAAUUUGGUGGCCCAGAACCAACUUUGGGCGCCCUGCUGCUAUGAACUGUCCCAAAGGAUCCAUUGGCACAGCUAUCAGACACUGCAGUGAUGAGAAAGGAUGGCUUCCUCCAGACCUCUUCAACUGUACCACUAUCACCUUCUCUCAGCUGAAGAAAAUGAAUGAUGAGAUGCUCCACAAUGAAACCAGGAUGGAUGGUCAGAAGUCAAAGGAAAUCGCUCGUAUGCUGCAGAAUGCCACAAACAACACCGUCUCUCUUUAUGGCAACGAUGUGAAGACGACAUUUCAUCUCAUUUCCCGUGUGCUGCACUAUGAAAGUCAGCAGCAGGGCUUUGAUCUGACAGCCACACGUGAUGCAGACUUCAAUGAGAACCUAAUAAGGGCAGGCAGUGUCAUUCUGGACCCAAAGAACAAAGUGCACUGGGAUCACAUACAAAGGACAGAGGGGGGCACAGCACACCUGCUCCACCACUUUGAGGAGUACGCCAACACUGUGGCCCAGAACAUUAGGAAGACGUACCUGAAACCUUUUGUUAUUGUCACAGAAAACAUGAUUCUGGCAGUUGACUACCUGAACUCCUCCAGACCAGAGAGUUCAAAUAUCCCCCGCUUCCAAGAGAUCCUGGAAGAGUACCCCAAAGACCUGAAGUCCUCAGUUGUAUUUCCAGAGUUCACCUUCAAACCUCUGAAGCAGAAAGUGAUUCCUACAAAUGAGCCAGAGACUCAGAGCAGCUCCACUGGAGAAGACCACACUCAGACACACAGGAAGAAGCGUACUGUUGACAGUCCCUCUCCUUAUCCCGUUGCCGUGGUGAUCAUCUACAGGUCUCUGGGCCAGCUCUUACCUGAGCAGUAUGACCCUGAUCGGCGUAGUCUGAGGCUCCCCAACCGUCCUGUCAUCAACACACCCAUCGUCAGCACGAUGGUCUACACUGAGGGAGAGCCCCUCCCCAGCCCCCUGGAGAAGCCAAUCACUCUGAACUAUAAUCUGUUAGAGACAGAGGAGAGGACCAAACCUGUGUGUGUGUUCUGGAAUCACUCCAUCGCCAUUGGGGGCACUGGUGGUUGGUCCUCAAAAGGCUGUGAACUGGUCUCCAGAAAUUCGACACAUAUCAGCUGCCAAUGUAAUCACAUGACUAGCUUUGCUGUACUCAUGGACGUCUCAAAGAGAGAGCAUGGAGAUGUUCUGCCUCUGAAAAUAGUCACUUACACCACCGUGUCAGCCUCCCUGCUGGCCCUGCUGCUCACUUUCAUCCUGCUGGCCAUCCUACGUAAGCUGCGCUCCAACCUCCACAGCAUCCACAAGAACCUCGUGGCUGCGCUCUUCUUCUCCGAGCUUGUCUUCCUCAUCGGAAUCAACCAGACUGACAAUCAGUUUGUUUGUACCGUGAUCGCCAUCCUGCUACACUUCUUCUACAUGUGCACGUUUGCCUGGAUGUUUGUGGAGGGACUGCACAUCUACCGCAUGCUGACGGAGGUCCGCGACAUCAACCACGGGCACAUGCGCUUCUAUUAUGCCAUUGGCUGGGGCAUCCCCGCUAUCAUUACAGGUUUGGCUGUGGGGUUGGAUCCUCAGGGCUAUGGCAACCCAGACUUCUGUUGGCUCUCUGUUCACGACACCCUUAUCUGGAGUUUCGCAGGGCCUAUCUGUAUCGUGGUCCUGGUCAACAUUGUGAUCUUUAUGCUGGCUGCAAAGGCAUCUUGUGGUCAGAGACAUCGGUCGUUUGAGAAGUCUGGAGCCAUUCCGGCGCUGCGUGUGGCCUUCCUUCUCCUGAUACUCAUCAGUGCCACAUGGCUCCUGGGCCUGAUGGCUGUCAACAGUGAUGUCAUGACCUUUCAUUACCUAUUUGCCGUCUUCAGCUGUCUACAGGGAAUAUUCAUUUUCUUCUGCCACUGCGUAUUCAACAAAGAAGUGAGGAAAAAUCUGAAGCACGUUUUCACAGGAAAGAAGCACUUACCCGACGAAUCUAGUGCCACACGUGCAUCUCUCUUAACUCGUUCUCUAAACUGUAACAACACCUACAUAGAAGACGAUACCCUGUUUCGGUCAGCCGUUGGGGAAUCCACUGUGUCUCUGGAGAGUACUGUCAGGUCAGGCCAGAGCCACAGAGGCUACCUUGCGUAUGUGCUCAGAGAUGAUUCUGGUCAGAAGCCGAGUGUCUCCUCUGGAACGGCUAAAGCGGGACGCACAGACGUUGAUGCCCCCCUAUUCCACCGAAACGGCACAAAGGCAGAUGACUCAGACUCAGAUAGUGAACUCUCCGUGGAUGAGCACAGUAGCUCUUACGCCUCCUCCCACUCGUCAGACAGUGAGGACGAUGAAGUCGACAUGAAGCCUAAGUGGAACAAUGAGAGGCAGCCUCAGCACAGCACACCUAAAGUGGACACAGUGUCCAAUCACGUUAAGCCUUACUGGCCAACAGAGGCCACCACAGCCAGUGACAGUGAAGACGCAGGCGGGACAGACAGGCUGCGGGUGGAGACUAAAGUGAAUGUAGAGCUGCAUAAGGAGAAUAAACUGAACCACACAGGAGACCCAGCACAAGACAAAGACCCCCCCACCAGAGAGAACACGCCAUCCAGCCAGCCCAACAGCAAUCAUCAGCCAGAGCAGCGGAAGGGGAUUCUGAAGAACAAGAUCACUUAUCCCCCUCCACUCACGGAUAAGAACAUGAAGAACCGGCUGAGGGAGAAGCUGUCUGAUUACAACCCUCCCUCAAUCUCCUCCAGAACACCUUCAGUGGGGUCCAAUGAGGCGAUGCGACCUGUUACCGGCAGCAACAGCACCAUAAUCAAGCCCCCCCAGCGACAGGUCACACCCGCCAAAGAACAGCAGAACGGCAUCGUGAUGAAUCUACGGACAGGGACCGUUAAUGGUGGCAAUGAAUCAGACUCAGCCGGCAGUAAUGAAACCUCAAUCUGACCCAGCAGGGAACCCCAGGAAAUCCUGCCCCUGUGAGGGGACCAUAAGAGCAUGUACCCUGGAAGAAAGGAGAGAGCAGAGGGGACAAGCGACAGUUAUGCAGGGAACGAUGGAGUGGUCCAGUGGACCAUCCAGUACCCUUCACUUUUACCCUCAUACUCCUUCACUCCUAAGUUGGAGAACAGUAUUACUGCAGACAUUUGCCUACUAGACAGAAAAAUAUGUGGAAAGAUAAAGGGAAUGUAUUGGACUAAUUGUGGGGCUCUGACAGGAUAUUGAGCCUGUGCCAAAACCACUAGAGGGGGUGGAAACGACGUCCCCCAGAAGGUCAUCUUGUGUGCCCAGACUGCGGGAUGAUGGGGAAAAGCAAUCUCAAAGAAGAUUUGUUUAUGGAUGUACUACCAUUGACACUUAAGGCUUAUCUGAGCUGACAGAAUGUGAGAGUUUCUUCAUUAUCACAUACAUGUAUAUCCAGAACUGUUCAAAAGCAAGAAGUCUGUUUACUCCGUGUACAUAUGAACUGAACAUACUUAAGAAGUUCCUUGCCUUUUUAGUCUCCUCACAGCAGCCUUACGGGCCAACGUCAUCAUGAGUAUAAUUACAGUGUAGAUAUUUCUGAAAUUGUCUCUUUGGUAUGUGAAAACUCUCUUGGUUGGGAGAGUAUUGAGCCACAGAUCUAUACUGAAGUGAGGUUUUUAAUAAGUCACAUUACGAGAUAUUCUGAUCUCUGGUUAAAUCAAAAUGCUGUAAUUUUAUACUUGAUUACAGAGUUGUCUUUCUGGUUCACAUAGUGCCUCCAAGUCCCACAAUGAAUGCUUAUGACAAAGCUCAACUGCACAUUUGUGUGAGAUUCAGUAAUGCUUUGAUACAGCCAUGCAACAAAAAGUAUAUGCAAUAAAUUGACAUGAUCCACUUCUGCGUAACUAAAAUGAAUGUAUAUGUGGUACACAUAUUCACUCCUUAAAUGUCUGUUCAUAGAAUACCAACAGCCUAUAAAUACAUGUCCUGAAGUCCUGCAGCAAACAGGAUUCAGUCUUUCUCUGUCUUUUUAUCAAAAACUUUUUUUUAUAAAAAAGACACUGGAAUUGUUGUAACAUAUGUAUAUUUAUUUUUAUGACUGACACACUGGAUAUUGAUUGAAAGUUAAAAAUUAAAAACAC